AUGCGUCGACUUGCUUUACUGGUACUACUGCUUCUGAAUGGGGCAGCAGCAACUUCUAGCGAAUGCGAAGAAUGCAAGUUUGCCGUUGAACUCCUUCAUGACGCUUGGGGUGACAAAGCGACAGAAGAAUGCGUUGGCGAGCUAGCUCUAUUUAUUUGCAAGACGUUCAAAAUUGAAGACCACUUCAUCUGCAAAGGGAUUGUUGGUGACUUCUCGGACGAGUUCAUGUACGUUCUUGGUCAGAUUAUCGUCGAGCCCCAUCAAAUUUGUGGCUUACUGAUGGAUGACUGCGGCAGAUUCAUUGAUCCGUUCAAUUCUACUUGGAGCAUACCAAUGCCUGGUGGGAAACCAACUCCCAUCGACAAACAACCAGUGCCUGCUGGAAAACCGACAUUACGUGUACUGCACUUAACGGAUAUUCAUUUGGAUAUGUACUAUACUCCAGGAAUGGAAGCGAAAUGCUCUGAACCCCUAUGUUGCCGACCCCAGCAGGACCCAGAUGAAGUAGCUGUAGCAGCAAAAGAGGAUGUGCAAGUACCGGCUGGUCCGUGGGGGAUGGUUGGCGAUUGUGAUACUCCUGAAUGGCUGUUCACAAACAUGCUCGAAUUUAUUCAGAAGAAUCACAAAGAUCUCAACUAUGUGAUGGUCUCCGGCGAUCUCGUUUCACACGCCGUCUGGGACUACACCCGAGAAGCUCAUGUGGCAAUGGUGAAAAACAUCUCGGAUACGAUUCGAAUGUUCUUCCCGAAUAUUCCCACCUACUUCGCUGUUGGAAACCAUGAAGGUGUACCAAUCGACAACUUCGCUCCACAUUUCACACCGAAACAAUUUCAUAUGGACUGGCUGUAUGAUGCAAUGGCUGAUGCGUGGAAUGGAUGGAUCCCAGAGGACCAAGUUAAAACCGUAAAAUAUAUGGGCUGCUAUAUGAAAGUACUCUAUCCCGGUCUACGUCUCAUUUCUGUGAAUAAUGCGCUCGGAGGCGAUGCAGUCAACUUUUUCCUCUAUGUCAACCAGACCGAUCCUGAUGGCACACUAACCUGGCUUAUUAAGCAGCUGCACGAUGCUGAAACUGCAGGUGAUAAGGUUCAUAUACUGGCGCAUAUACCUGGUGGAAACGGAGAGGCUCUCGAAGGUUGGGCCUUGAACUACUACAAUGUGAUUAACAGAUUCCAAAAUACCAUCGUUGGCCAGUUCUUCGGCCACACACAUUCAGAAGAAUUCUAUGUCACCUACGAGAAUCCAGAAUCAGCGUCAACCCGUCCGACCAGCGUAGUAUACUCAGCUCCUUCGGUUACUACGUAUUCUGAAUAUUUCCCCGCAUAUCGGAUCUACACCAUUGACGGAGCAUAUCAGGGAUCGUCGUAUCAAGUGAUCGAUUUUGAAGAGUGGUACUUGAAUCUCACCGAAGCCAACGCAAAUCCUAAAGAUCCUCAGUGGAAGCAACUAUAUGCCAGUGUCAAUCUUGAAUAUGGUACAUCUUUGCUGAUUGUUACAAGAUUGCAAGUCUCGUCGAAAGAUAAAAGGCGAAAUAGCUACCAACGGAAGCCGAAACCAGCUCAUCGACAAGAGACCAGAUCAGACAAGCACUCCUUGCAAGAAAGCAAGUCCGAGCCAAUGAUCAGUGCCCACUGUAAUUAA